AUGGAUCCUGAUAUGGAGGAACAUUUUCGAGAACUCAUGAACCAAUGGAAGAAAGAUGAUGACAGCAUCAAGGAGAAACUUGAAGAGAUGGAAGAAAGCAUCAGGGACCAAUUAGAGCAGAUGAAAAGUGAAAUGGAAAGCAAUAUCAGAGGUGAAAUGAAAGAAAUGAAGGAAAGACUGGACACCUUGACGGCCUCGUUGGAUGAGAACAAAGAUGAAGAAAACGUCAGGGACAAAUUACAGCAGAUGAGCAUUGAAAUGAAAAACAACAUCCGAAGUGAAAUGAAAGAAAUGAAGGAAAGACUGGACACCUUGACUGCCUUAUUGGAAGAGAACAAAGAUGAAGAAAACAUCAGGGACAAAUUACAGCAGAUGAACAGUGAAAUGAAAAACAGCAUCCAAAGUGAAAUGAAAGAAAUGAAGGAAAGACUGGACACCUUGACUGCCUCAUUGGAAGAGAACAAAGAUGAAGGUCCGUUUCUGAUUGGUUUGUUCGCUUGUAACCCAAACUCAGAAAAACUCAAAGACAAGGUUGAGCAGAUGAAAGAUGAAAUGGUAAACCUUGGGGAAAGGCUGGAGCACUCCCUGGAGAACUUGAGACUACAAAGCGGAGAAAGCGACGAAAGAGAACGAUUGACGGAUGACCUCAACAAGAUGAGAAGUGACAUGAAAAAUAUCAGUGACAAGCUGGACGCUUUGACAGUACAUGUAUCAAGACAAGGAACAAAGGAUGAAGGAAACCUCAACGACAAGUUUGAGCAGAUAAAAGAUGAAAUGCAAAUGCAAUUGCAAUUCUUGGAGAACUUGAGGACGCAAAGCGGAGAAAGCGACGACAAAGAACGAUACAGAGAUGACCUCAACAAGAUGAGAAGUGAAAUAGAAAAUAUCAGUGACAAGCUGGACGCUUUGACAGUAUCAAAACAAGAAACAAAGGAUGAAGAAAACCUCAGAGACAAGUUUGAGCAGCUGAAAGAUGAAAUGGUAAAACUUGGGGAAAGUUUGGAGAACUCCCUGGAGAACUUGAGGCUACAAAGCGGAGAAAGCGACGAAAGGGGUUAG